UUUUCGUUAAAAAUGAGAAGCUGUAACGUAUUUUAAACAAUUUUGGUAAUCCUUCCUUCUUUCCCGUUUCUUAUUUUCUUACAAAGUUGUCAUGCCAGCAUGAGCUAUUCAGGCACAUCUGUCUACUUUGCCAUUGCUACUCUCAUUUCUUGCAUUCCCGCAGUUGCCGGUCUUGUAGCGCGAUGGUACGCUUAUAAGUGGACCGGCAUUCUCCUUUAUUUCUGUUCCCUGGUGUUUCUGUUCCUGUCCGUGUUUUUCUAUGUCAGUUUCAGAAUCGUUCGACAUGGGUCUCCGUUUUUACUCGAGCUUCUCGACAAACUCAAUCGUAUUUUGUCGCCUGUGGCGUCGAAAGUUGCCAGCACCAAGUUCGUCGGUCCUGUCAUUGCUGUCAUUAUCCGGGCCAAUUUUUUCGCCUGGUUCAUGAUUUUGUUACUAAGUGAUCAGGUUAUCCGUGCACUUAUUGGUCGGCUCGUGGGUCAUCAUGCAAGUCAGCGUAAUUAUUCUAUCGUCAAUGCGGUUGAUCCGCAAUUCCCAAUGUUUGAUAAAUCGUUCGGUGAUAUGCAGAAGGAUGAUAUCCUCAAGACACAAUUUCAGAAACGCCUGCCGAAACCCGAUUAUUCGCAAUCGAUCGCAUAUACGCUUGCUGUAGCAAGCAAAUUAGCUUACGAGGAAGUUAGUGUGAUUAAACACGAACUUGAGAAGGAUGGGUUUGAUGUAAAACGGACAUUUUUACCAAUGGCGUUCAAGAACGCAUGUGCAUAUAUCAUCGAAAAAGACGACAAUAUAUUUGUAGUGUUUCGUGGAACCAAUCCUAUGAACAUUCAAAAUUUUGUCACGGAUUUUAACAUUGAAAUGACCGAAAUUCGUUCGCCAUCGGGCGUUUCCAUGGGCAAAGUACAUAAAGGCUUUUGGGAAGCCAUGGGUGAUCCACACCGAUCCUCUUCUCCGGAACAACAGCUGCAACGAAGUGCAACCUUACAAAUCGAAUUGAGUGCAGCUUCAUUACACCGCACGGUACUAUCGACGAUGCAGGCCGCCACUGAUAUCGCCAAGUUUACGGUCAGGGAGCUGGUCAGCCAUGUCUCGGAUCCGAUCGAUAACAGCUGGAUUGGAUAUGAUCGGGAUAUAAGAAACCAUACCUUGUAUGCGCAAGCUGAGGAAUGGAUCAUGGCACUAAUAAAUUACCAAAACCAUGCACAUCCAACGGAUGAUGAAGCUGUUGACUUGGACGAGUAUCCGUCGAUUCGUAACCCUCCACAGCGGAAGCGGUUCUAUAUUGCUGGCCAUUCCCUUGGCGGCGCAUUGGCAACAGUUUUUCUGGCAAAAAUGUUGCAAUCCGAAAGCCCUCUUUUAAACCAGUUCUGCGGACUCUAUACCUAUGGCCAACCUAAAGUUGGUGAUGCCGAGUUCACUCGAGCAUUUUACCCUGAAAUCGCGACUAAAGUUUUCCACCAUGCAUAUAACAACGACAUUGUUACUCGAGUUCCUCCAUUUUUCAAAUACUAUACACCACCGGGCACCUUAGUUUUCAUCGAUUCUGCAUACUCAGUCACCCUUCACCCACCAAAUAUGCGAACGAAUGAUCCUGUCCCUGUUCGACCAAUUUCAUAUCUUCAUCUAUCCGGUUUGUUGAACUCGAACGUGAUUCGGCGGCUUCCUCAAGAAUCUUGGUUACGUGUUACAUUCCGUCUUUUAUUUCCCUUUUUCCUGAAUGAUCACUUCCCAUCCGAAUAUUGCAAUAGUUUGCGAGAAGGCACUUUAAACUGGGUUAUUAUUGGAGAUGAAGGUCUGCAAGGCGGAGCUGCAGCUCGAGAUGAUGAAGAGAGUGCAGUUGGAAUAAUGUCUGCUACACCUCUGUCGCCCUUGACAAAGGCAACAAGACGUCAUUUUUAGAGACAAACUCAUCAUCUAUACAUUACUACAUUCUCAUUUCAUGUAUUUUCUUCUACUUUGGAUAUAUACCAAGCACUAAGAUACUUUUUUGAUAAUAUUACCGAUGAAUCAAGUAAUAAGUAAAGCUAUUUUAUGAUCUCG